UGUUUUGCGGGCGGCGGCGGCGGGCCCGGCCCGCUCGGAGCGGGGGCAGCGGCUCGCACCGGCAGCGCCCGCGCCGCUCCCGCCCCCGCCCGCCGCUCCCGGAGCGCGGCCGCGGCGAGGAGGCGGCGGCGCGGGGCCUGGGAAUGUGGCGGCGGCGGCUCUGAGCCCUCCCCCUCGGCCCGGCCGCCAUGGAGCCGCGGCGGUGACAGCGCCGAGCCGCAGCGCCCGCCGCGAGCGGGGCCGCCGCCCGCAGACAUGGCUUGUUCUGAGGGGAGAGAGGAACGUGCUGGGGCAAUCAGUGCAAGCAGAUUUGUGUUCACAGAUGAACAAGAGGCCUUGAAGUCCAUCAUGAAGGACCUGGUGGCCCUGCAGAUGGGCAGGCGGCACCGGCUGCCGGGCUACGAGUCGGUGAAGGGCAGAGAGCCUGCUCACUGCAGCAAGCAGAAAAAACACAAUGCCAGCAGUCCCCCCCUCUUGGGCAGCCCUGCAAUAAUGAACCAGUGUGCCUCUGCAGUGGAAGAAAAGAAAAUCCCGAAUGAUGUCAGGAUCAAGUUUGAACAUAAUGGGGAGAGAAGGAUUAUCCCGUUUGCCCGCCCCGUGCGCUACGAGGACGUGCAGCAGAAAGUGAAAACAGCCUUUGGGCAGCCCCUGGACCUGCACUACAUGAACAACGAGCUCUCUAUUCCCUUGAAAAACCAAGAUGACCUGGACAAGGCUGUGGAUCUCUUAGACCGGAGCUCCAACGUGAAGAGCCUGAGGAUCCUGCUGCUGUCCCAGGACAGGAACCAUAGCAGUUCUUCGCCCCAUUCUGGGCUGCCCAAGCAGGUCAGGAUUAAAACCUCCCAGUCUGUGGGGGAUGUGAGCACACCCUACCAGCAGCCAGAGCCCAGGAGCAGGCAUCUGUCUGUCAGCGCGCAGAGCACCGGCCGCAGCUCGCCCCCGCCCGGCUACGUCCCCGAGCGGCAGCAGCGCAUCGCGCGCCAGGGCUCCUACACCAGCAUCCACAGCGAGGGCGAGUUCAUCCCCGAGACCAGCGAGCAGUGCAUGUUGGACCCUCUAAGCAGUGCUGAAAACUCGGUGUCAGGAAGCUGCCAGUCCUUGGACAGCCCUUCUUUUCGGAAGUCCCGGAUGUCGAGGGCGCAGAGCUUUCCUGACAACAGGCAGGAGUUCUCAGACCGUGAGAACCAGAUCCAGGACAAGGCGGGCAAGGGCGGGACGUACCCGCGGCGCUACAACGUGUCGGUGCAGCACAAGGACUACAGCGACGGGCGGAGGACGUUUCCCCGGAUCCGCCGCCACCAGGGCAAUCUGUUCACGCUGGUGCCUUCGAGCCGUUCCCUGAGCAGCAACGGGGAGAGCCUGGGGCUGGCGCUGCAGUGCCUGGAGCCGCGCGGGCGCCUGCGCAGCGCCGACAGCGAGAGCGCCCUGGGCGUGCAGGAGAGGAGCCUGCCCACCAAGUCCCCCAGUGCUCCCAUCAACUGGCGCCGGGGGAAGCUGCUGGGCCAGGGCGCCUUCGGCCGCGUCUACCUGUGCUACGACGUGGACACGGGCCGGGAGCUGGCGGCCAAGCAGGUGCAGUUCGACCCCGAGAGCCCCGAGACCAGCAAGGAAGUGAGUGCCCUGGAGUGUGAGAUCCAGCUGCUGAAGAAUCUCCAGCACGACCGCAUUGUGCAGUACUACGGCUGCUUGAGGGACCGAGCAGAGAAGACCUUGACCAUCUUCAUGGAGUACAUGCCAGGGGGCUCAGUGAAGGACCAGCUGAAGGCGUACGGGGCGCUCACCGAGAACGUCACGCGCAGAUACACGCGGCAGAUCCUCGAGGGCGUCUCCUACCUGCACAGCAACAUGAUCGUGCACAGGGACAUCAAGGGUGCCAACAUCCUGCGUGACUCUGCUGGGAACGUGAAGCUGGGGGACUUUGGGGCCAGCAAGAGGCUGCAGACCAUCUGCAUGUCGGGGACAGGGAUCCGCUCGGUCACGGGCACCCCGUACUGGAUGAGCCCCGAGGUGAUCAGCGGGGAAGGCUACGGCAGGAAGGCGGACGUGUGGAGCCUGGGCUGCACUGUGGUGGAGAUGCUGACAGAGAAGCCCCCCUGGGCCGAGUACGAGGCCAUGGCCGCGAUCUUCAAAAUCGCCACGCAGCCCACGAACCCGCAGCUGCCCUCGCACAUCUCGGAGCACGGCCGGGACUUCCUGAGGCAGAUCUUUGUGGAAGCCAGGCACAGACCCUCUGCUGAGGAGCUGCUCACACACCACUUUGCACAGCUCCAGUACUGAGUUACCUCCCGUGCUGGCAGCUCUGCCGGGCUGGCCGUGCCCUGCCUCGUCUGCUUGCAGCUCAGCCCAGCUCAGCCAGGCUGGGCCUGGGGGUCUGCCAAGGGCCUGGGCUCUGCUCUCGUGCCUCGUUCCUGUUUGCUGGGCUGGUGUUCCUGCUGCUGCCCAAGCACAGCUGCCUGUUUGCCUCCCCAGGCUGCCUGGGUGUGUUCUCUGCAGGAGUGGGAGCCUGACAAGAGUCUGCACUGCCUGAGCACAGGAGCCUCUGAACCCGACUGGGAGCUGGCAGAGCAGGAGUGAGCAGCAGCCUCCAGAGCAGCUCUGCCUGGGGCAGCCCCUGCUGUUCCCUCCUGGGGCUCCAGAGGCGCCUCCAGUCCCUGGAUCCAGCAGAAAGCCAUGGAGCAUGCUCUCACCAUAGAUGGGUAUUCUUCUUCUUGAGUAUUCAGCAUCUGAAGGUGUUCAGAAAAUACUGAUUCAAAAGUAUGUGAAUAGUAUUAUUUUAUAAAGGAUUUUCCAGCCAGAUGUCAGGAUAAUCAGACAGGUCACACAGAAUGCAGUCACCCCAGGGCCUGAGAGAAGGGCUCUCCCAAUGCUGGGGGAAAUCCAGAGCUGAUGUCCAAGGUUUGAUCUGUCCCAGCCUCAGGACAGUGUUGGUUUGUGUCAUACCAAACAAAUCUGUGCUCUUGCUUCCUCUGGGGCUGCUGGGUCCAAACAAAACCCCCUGGAAGGGAAUUCAGUGGAAUUCAGCUUCCUCCUGCAUCUGUCUCUUGGGCUGGUAACAUUUUACCAUCCUUUUAACCAAAGAUAAUCCAUCUGGUGCCCAGGAAUUCACUCAGAGUUUGAGCACAUGGCCCAGUGGAAAAGUGAGGAUUUCUUGGGGAGAAUUACCUGGACACUCAUUCUUGCUGUGCAGAGGAAGCUGGAAUGGAGCUCAGCCUUUUGCUGUGAGUUGUUGAUUUCAGAGUUCCAUAAAAAUGUUAUGGCCCAACUUAAAUAAGCUUUAUAGGAGUCAAAUCAAACAGGGAACCUGAGAAAACAUUUUAAAUGCUAGCAAAUAUCUAAAAUUACCUGGAGAUUCCCCAUGCAGGAACCAGCAAAGCAUAUCCAAGUGGUUGUGCACUUGGAAGAUAGUACAGGUUGGAGAACUGAGGUCCUGAAAUCUUCUGUGAUGAUUUGGGAACUAAUAAUCUGUAUUUCAUUCAUGAAAGGCCAGCAGUUUUUAAGUGCUGGGGAUUUGUGGAGUGAUUAUGUUAUCUCUGAGAAAUGAAACUAAGAAAAGCAAAUGUUAAUUAGCUAAAAUAUUGCUUUAUAGGGCAACAUUGAAAGUGUUCUGCUCUUAAAUUGGAAACCAUAUUAAGGUUCCACACACCUCCACUCUUCUCCCCCAUAAAAAAUUGAAAAUUGCUUCAUAAUGCAGUAAAAUUAAGUUUCUAAGUGAAUACUUACAGCAGGAUAAGGCAAGUUUCAAUGAAACCAAGCUCCUUUAAUACAUGAAAAAUACUGUGUUGAAUUGCAAGAGGAAAAAAAAGAACCCUAAAAGCCCCAACCAACCAGAAGUCCUGAAAAGCUUUAACAAUAUGAAAUGGUUUUUCUGUGCCAAACCCAGAGCAAAGUGUGGCCCAUAGGAGCUGGUGGUGUUUCUUUUCCAGGCUCCCUGCCCUGCUCCAAGGAUGCACUGUCCCACCUGUGGGCACUUAGGGGAUCCCUUUUAUGAAAGCCCUUGUUCCAUAAUUUAUUUAAUUGUAGUGGGAGCACUUCACUGAUCUUUUCC